AUGGCUUGGACAACCAUUGGCUACCAUGCUUUUGAGCAGAGGUGCUUUGACGAGCUGUCUUCACAGGAUUGCGCCGGGAACUACCAUAUUGACAUAUCACCAAUGCGUUGGUCUGCUAGCCCUUUGUCUGCCAUUUCUUACACCCGGAAAGAAACAGCUCGAAAAUUAGGUGCGACAUUGACUGACUCGCAUGAGGCAACGCCAGUCAAGGGAAAGGGGCUCAAAGCACGUGGUGGCAAGUUGGACGUCGCAUUGGAGUCCCCAAACUAUGUGAUUUGGCGCCUGCAAACGCAGGAGAACGUUGCUGAGCAGGUUGUCAAAGGCAUCAUCAAGCCGCUCCAUGAGCACAAGGGCUUUGACAUGCACCGGCCGUUCCAGCCGUUUGUGCCUCUUGAUUUGCCGGGCAAGUGGAAGGUUGAUCUAGUGUCUGCAAGCAUCCAGCCGAGCUUUCCAGUGCCUCACAGCCUGACUUUUGGCAGCACGGAGAAAGACUUGCCAUGCACCUACUAUUUGGCAAUGCCACCUGAGUGUUUGCCAUUGAAGGAAUUGCUGCAUGUGAAACGUGCUUUACCCCUGCUCAAGCUGCUCCUGCAGAAUGAGCGGGACGAAGACAUGAAAGUGCUCUUGCAGAACUGCUGCAACUUGACCGGUGACUACAUUGGAGUGCCAUUGGUUGCCAGCCAUAUCACGGCAAUGACCUUGGGCUUCUUUGCUUACAAGCCACUGCAAUCCGUUGGUGGUCAAGAGUCAGAUUGCUUGCACCUGCUGCGCUUUAGCACCAAAGAUUUGCUGGACACACUUCCUCCACAUUCAAGCCCGUUGUGUUCCUUUUGGCUUAUCAAUCCCAUUGGCCUGACUCGGAUGAUUGAGAAUCAAGAAGUUGGGUUACUCGUCAACACCUUCAAGAUGAAGGUCAGCCUGACUGCAAAAUACAAAACCCAGAUGGAUCUUGUAGAGCAUCAUGAAAAAAUGAGAUUGCAGGGCCGGAAGCGCAGAUUGGAAGAUGACGUUGCCCGGUUGGAAGCAGAGCUCUGUGAGAGGAAGGCAGAGGUAGAGCAGGUUGCCAAGAAGCUUUGCCCCCUGCCUGAGCCAAUAGCUGAGCCUGGAUCUAGUGAGUUAGUCAAAAGCAACUUGCCAAAGAAGUACAGCCCAGCAAAGGAGAUGUACAAGGCCUCGCCUCUUGACAUUUCCGCAGAUGCGAAGGAGAAAGACGCAUCUGGAUACAAAGCUCCUUGGACAUCCGAGCUAUGCCAAGUCUCCAUGCAGGUGAACGGGUUGUAUGAAGCGUCUGGCCUGGUGCUGUGGCUGCGGACUGGAGUGUACAGCGCAGGCAUCUCCAGAGACAUCAGCCCUGGCGAUGUUGCAUUUAGCGCCCUGCGGAAGUUCGAGGCAGAUUACUUCAGCAAAGAUGUCGCCCUCAACGCGUUCAUUACCCGAGGUCCCAAAAAGCAGCGCCAGCAGAAGCCAAGGCUCAUUUGGCCCAUCACCAUGGUGUGUGGCGUUGAAGCUAGCAGCGAUAUUGAAAAUCGAAUGCAUUUCGACUCAUGUUUGAACACUGCCGGGUGCCAUUUUGUGAUUUGGAGCUGGUAUGUAGCCAUUUUCCAUGCGCUGCUGAAGAAUGACAAAGAGUGGCUUGAUCUAUUGUGGGAAGUUGGCCGCUCUGUCACCAUACAGGUCAGACUUUGUCCGAGUGAAACGGAUUGGGCUCUGGCCAGGAACCAUGCAUCGGAAUGCCUGAAGUCCAUCAAGGAUGCAGCUUUAUCAGCUACUUUCAUAGACUUCGCCCACCUUGUCAAAUUGCUUAACAUCCAGCAGGUCUCUGAUGGCACCCACCACAAGCUGCGCUUCAACAAUGCCUCAUACAAUGCUUCCAUGCACCGAGCAGCGAUGGGCAUCCUUACCUUGAUCAAUGACGGCCCUGAAUUUGAAGCGUCCAUGAGAAAACUUGAGCUGGCUUAUGGUCGCGAUUUGCUGUCGAAUGCUUACUCGAAGCUCAAUCGUUUGCAACAAAUUGCAAAAGGAGCUGCCACAGCUGCCCAAGCGUCACCCAGUGGUACUGCACAAAAUUCUGGCAAAGUUGCAGGUUGGCUGGUGGGAAUGCUUCACCUUGCUUUGCGUUUGGGCUUGAUCAAUCCAACCAAGGCAACAGAGGCUUGGCUUUUGGGCGACCGGAAGCAUGGGACCCACGGAUAUUGGCAGGCAUGCAUCGUUGCUUUGGAGGCCUUCGAUUUCCUCAUGCCGCUCCAGAACAAGAUGCCUGAUGCUGAGAGCAAGAGGUGCGCUAAUGCUUUGCUCCGAAUCCUAGAUCCAGAAGUUUGCUGGGCGGAUUUCCUCCAGGGCCAGAUGUCUGCCUGCACUGACGUUGUGAUCCAGGAGGAGGAGGACGAAAUUGCCGCCCCAGCAGCAGAGCAGCCAGAGCUGUCAGCACUGGACACCCUCAAGGCAGACUUUAACAAGGCGACUGGAGCAUUGCUGGAACUUCUGCUAGAGUUGAUGCAGGGCAAGCAUAUGGAUGAUUGCCGAUCGCUCAGCCAAGACAAUGUGAAAUUGUCACAUGCUGUCUCUGAAGCUGCCCAAGCUGCUCAGAAAGAGCAAAAGGGCUGUGAGACAAAGCCCUUGGAGUUGAUCAAGUGCCUUUGCUUGGUCGUCCAGUCUUUUGACACCAGCACCAAAAGUGUCUCCAUCAGCACAUCCUUGCCCGCCCAGAGUUUGAUUCAAACUCUCACUCCUUCUGGUUCGACUGAAGAGGAAGUUGUGGCAAGGGAACGGGUCUGGAAACAGGUGCAGGCAGAGCGGCGCAAGUUCAUCACCUUCAGCGUGGUUUCCAAGUUGGCAAAAGAUACUUUGCAAGCUGCUCUGCGAGGAAGUGGGAAGGUGUGGUCCCAUUCUGGGCAGUUGAACAGCAGCCAUCGGCUUAUCUUUGCUUCAGCUGAUCUGGCAACAGAAACUGGAGAUGAACCCUGGAUGCAGCCCUCGCCGCCCCAAGCAGCCCAGUGGAAUUCUGAAGAUAUUGUGCUGUCCCAGACCCAGACAGAGGAGAUCUUCAUCAUCUAUACCGGUGGAUGCGUUCCCCGAGCCGGCCGCACCAGAAGGGUUCCGCUGAGUUCCAGAAAGGUUGAGACGGCUGCUAUCAGAUUUCCAGCAGUGCGCAGCAAGCUCAAGACAGCAAAGAAGGAGAAUUUCACAUCCUGUGGGGAGGCAACCACAUUCCAGAAUACAUAUUCUGGAGUUGCUUUCCGUCCUGCUUCCGAGCUGCCCCUCAUCACAUGCGCUGAGAAAGCCAAAAUCUUCACUGCUGCUGCCCCCGCGGUACCAGCAGCCCCACAAGCUUGGCAGGAUGCGCACACCAAUGAUGUGCCUUUGUUCUGGCAAGAAGGCAAGCCCAUCAACUUCUACCUGGCCAUCUUAGAUGAGUUCAAAGUGAAGGCAGUCUUUGAUGUGACAGCUGGCUCAGGAGCUAUGAUGGAAGCUUGCAUCACCAGAGGUGUUCACUACCACGGGCUGUGCCUGAACCGUGAGCACAUGCAGUGGUUGCAGGGAGUGGCGGACAGAGCUGCCUGUGGGCUCAUUUCGAUCCAAGGUUCCACCUUGCAUUCUGAAGAGCUGGGAAAAUCUGUAAGGCAGUAUUUUGCAGAUGUGUUGCAGAACUUAAUCCCUCCAGAUGCCAAUGCUGAAGAAGAACUUGCGGAACCUGAGAGCGAUGAGGGACGAUCAGCUGCCCCCGCGUUGCUAGCCUAG